GCAUCUGUCAGUGUCCUUGGAGAGAUUGCUUCAGCAUGGCAGUUGUUCAGCAACUGUCCAAGAAAGACCUUGAAAAAAAUGGAUGAGCAGUGUGAAGAGGAGACAGCGAGAGGAUACAGAGACAGGAUACAGGGGAUACAGUAAAAGAUGACAGUGAGAGUGGAUACAGUACUAGGACGCAGAGGAUACAGAGAGAGGAUACAAAGGAUACAGAGAGGAUACAGUAAGAGGAUACAGAAAGAGGAUACCAAGGACACCGUGACAGGAUACAAAAAUGAAACAAAGAGGAUACACCGACCUCUACUGUAUCUACCCCUGGCAUCACACUGCAGAGCACUGAGGGAAGCUCAAACUGCAUUAGACAAGGGAAGUUGGGAGAAUGUUCCUCCUCGCCACAAUUUUACUUUUUGGCUUUGCAUCAGCCCAGAAGGUUAUUCAGCUGAACUACUGCUCAAUAGACGAGCACAACCUCCGGAUGGAUUGCAAAUAUGCGCUCCCCCCUGAGGCACCGGAACCUUUCUGCAAAUACACGAAUGGCGAGAGGCUCUUUGACACCACCGACCCAGACGAGGAGCAGCACGCCCCCUUCAAGAAACGCGCCAAGGUGCGCAUAUUCCCAGGCAACAUCUGUCGCCUGCUGUUCAAGAACCUGCCCAAUGGCAAGUCCAACUUCACCUGCAACAUCAAAUAUGCCAACUCAGCCGUUGCAACCAAAACUUCAGUGGUGGAUAAAAUGCUCCUCCUCCCCUGCUCGGCAUGGAGUGUCCUGUUACAAAGCUGCAGUGGCCUACUGCUGACCUUGAUGACACUUCCCAUGCUGCUGGAAAUUCACUGGCUGUGAACAAGGCGCCAAACUGCUGCAUACGUUAACACUGCACCCAUAAUCAUCCGGUGAUUGGACUCUCCUGAAGUUGUGCGUGUGCACGAAGUGCAAUGAGUUGAACCGAAUGUCGUACAGUAUACGUUUGGUACGUCACAGGCCUUGCUUACCCUGCAUCGUGCACUCAAUACUAAGCACACACAGUACUACAGCAUAUACUUUAUACUCUAAAGUACGCUCACAUAUAAACAAUGUACAAUAGAAAUCUACAGAGCCUAUUGAUUUCUGACAGUGCCUGACAAGGGCGAUGAGUAAUAAGCAUGAAUGUGACUUAAUCUUACAACUGAAAGUAUAUAUUCUGUAAUAUUUAGUAUGUAGAUUGAAUGAUUUUAGCUGUUUUAUUUAAUAGAAUGAAAGCUAAUGUGCAUUUAGCCUUCAGUUUUAAUCACAAGAACUGAAGAACCGUCUAUGAGGAGGGCAAAUGUCAGAGAUUUUAAAACUAAACUUGUCUCGAGGUGGCUCAAAAGUGAUGCAACGUUGCACCCCCGCAACAUGACGUUACUGCAGAGUUUCAUCGUUCUUUAAGGUAAGCAACCUAUUAUGCCUGACUGAAAUCUGUCCCCUGUGUCUCUUCUUGGCUGCCAAACGAUGAGGGUGGGAUAGAGGCGACCUUCUGCCACAGAGGUCUGCCAGGGGAAGAUUGUGUUGUGUUUGUCGAUAAGAUCCGGACAACAGAGACGGCUUUGGGAGGAUUUAGUCUGAUGAUGAGCGGGAAAAAAAACAAAACUUAAACUGUUUAUGAUUGACAACUAAUGGAUGCACGAGCAACACAGUCUCUAUUCUAUUCUGGGGAGAUAAUGCAUAAAGUCCCCCAGCGGCUGUCACAAAGCAAAACCAAAAGAAAACCUCAGUCUUUAUUUCGCCUUUCACUCGUGCCUGAGACACAUGAUCCACGUUCAGCUGAGGCUUGUUGUCAUAAACACACGGUACGUCUCUCCGCGUCUCAGUGAUAGUCCUAUUUGUAAAUGAACACGGAACAUGCUUUAUAUGAUGCAAUGUUUUCUCAGAUAAUGUCAAGGAUUUUUACUUCUGUGUCUAGACGAGUAGGUGGUGUGUAGCCAAAGCACAAUCAUUUAAUUGCACUGAAAAGCACUGCUGUCCUAUGUACUGUAUAAUGACAAUAAACUGAACAUACCUGCAUCAACA